GGCGGGGCCCGACGCACGUUUCCGGUUUCCGGCCGUGGGCUAGGGGGCGGAUCUGAGCUUUGGUGAGAGUUUGGUAGUUGCAGUGGGGCGUGCGCGUAGGCUGAAACUCGGAAACAAGCUCCUAUCCAUCUGUUGGAAACCUUUAAGUCACAGGAUGAGUCUGCAGUGGACUGCAGUUGCCACCUUCCUCUACGCAGAGGUCUUUGCUGUGUUGCUUCUCUGCAUUCCCUUCAUUUCUCCCAAAAGAUGGCAGAAGAUUUUUAAAUCUCGGCUGGUUGAGUUGGUAGUGACCUAUGGCAACACUUUCUUUGUGGUUCUCAUCGUCAUCCUUGUGCUGUUGGUCAUUGAUGCUGUACGUGAGAUCCGGAAAUAUGAUGAUGUAACAGAAAAGGUGAACCUCCAGAACAAUCCAGGUGCCAUGGAGCACUUCCACAUGAAGCUUUUCCGUGCUCAGAGGAAUCUCUAUAUUGCUGGCUUUUCCUUGCUGCUGUCCUUCCUGCUUAGACGCCUGGUGACUCUCAUCUCCCAGCAGGCCACACUGCUGGCCUCCAAUGAAGCCUUUAAAAAGCAGGCAGAAAGUGCCAGUGAGGCAGCCAAGAAAUACAUGGAGGAGAAUGAUCAGCUAAAGAAGGGAACUGCUGAGGAUGGAGGCAAGUUGGAUGUUGGGAGUCCUGAAAUGAAGUUAGAGGAGAACAAGAUCCUGAAGACUGAUCUGAAGAAGCUAAAAGAUGAGCUGGCCAGCACCAAGAAAAAACUUGAGAAAGCUGAAAACGAGGCUCUGGCUAUGCAGAAGCAGUCUGAGGGCCUUACCAAAGAAUAUGACCGUCUGCUAGAAGAGCACGCCAAGCUGCAGGUCAGUGUUUCCCUAUCUGUAGGUGGCAGGUUAGGGUUAGGGCCCUACACAGUUCCUAGAGGUACUAAGGAGCCUAUUGCCUCCUUUGUUGCUGAGUGUAGGCUUAGAGCAGACCCAGCUGUCAGAACCCUUCUUGUAGGAGAUGUGGCAUGGUACUUACUAGAUGAUGGGCUAGAACCUGCAAGGUUCAAGGGCAGCCCUUGUCAGUAGAUCUACUCUCUGCUCCGAGUCUUUCCUACCAUAAAUCUAGUCUCAAGCCCCUAAAGAGGGGUUAACAUUCUAGGACAUCCCAGCUGUGGUGUGCUGUUUCAUUAGGAACGUACAUGGGGAAGCUGGGUAUGGUAGCCAUACCUGAAGUGCUAGUACUUUAGGAAGCUGAGGCUGGAGAGUUGAGAAAACUCCAGGUCAGCCUAGGCUACAUACUAAGACACUGCUUCAAAAAAAAAACCCUCAACAUUGUAGAGACCUACUUUUGUCCACCUCUCCUGUGGAAUGGGGCAGGGGGAAGGGUAAUAUUUAGCGAAGUCUGAAGUAAGUGAAGAGAAAGCCUCAAAGGUCACCUUACCUGGUAAGUACUAUUUGUUGAUCUGAGUUUUCAGGCUAGGCUCACAACUCCAGAUAAGGCUGGAAGUUCAGAUGGUCAGGAAGAUUUGUUUGGUUUACAUCAGGUAAUAGGAAGGGCCCAUCCCCACAGGGAGUGCGUGAGCCCUCAGAAUAUACUAAGCUAUCUGGGCAGGACUUGGGGGUUGGGUCUCUGUAUCUAUUCACAUGUUUGUAUUUGUAUAGUGGACACUAGAGGAUAACCUUGGAUAUCACUCUUCAAGAGCUAUCCAUUUUAUUUAUGAGACCGAAUAUCUCAUUUGCCUAGAGCUUACCAAGCAGACUUGCUACCUAGCUAUAGGACUCUAACAUGCCUCUCCAGCUCUGAGAUUACAAGUAUGCCUUACUACUUGUAGAGUCUGGCCUCCUAUGUAUCUUAGGAUUGAACCCAGAUCCUCAUGCUUUUAUGGCAGAUGCUAUCUCCUAACCCCCAAGGAUUUGGGUUUUAAUGGAAGGUAUACAGUUGUGAAAAGGCCCUACAUUGGGACUUAAAGACUAGCCCAAGUGUGCUCUGGAGGAGGUCUUAGUUCUGAUCCCAUUGUAGUAGACUCCUCCAACUGCCAGUCCUCCCCUGGCAUUAGGCCCAGGGUCUUCCCUAGUGGGUGGGAUAGGCUGGCAAGCUUUAGGGUGCUAUUGGGGCUAGGGCACCUUGCUUGCCUAGGUACUUGUUAUUAACAGGAGUGGGGAACCAAGUGCUUGGGGACAUAGUACUAGAGGCCAAAGGGGUGGGCCCAGGUCCUGCUAACUUCGUUCUUUGGGGUUUCUUUCCUUUUCCAGGCCUCAGUACGUGGUCCCUCAGACAAGAAGGAGGAGUAAAGACUUGGUUUUUCCCUGCCUGUAGCUGGCUUAUACUUGACCCAUGCUUACUGCUUCCUUGGAGCCCAGCCUGUCCCUCUGGUACUUGGUUUAUUCCCUUCCAUUUCCCCAAUUUUCUUCCAUGGCUUAUAGAUCAUUUUGGCCCCAUUACACAUACUACUCUUAUACCAAAAAGGACCUGAUUGUUGUUCAUUCACAGUAAUUUUGCCACUGUUCUGCCUGGCCAGGGCACUUUCCACUCCUAGAAGUGUAGAAAAGCACUGGUGACCUGGGCUGCACUUGUACUCCAUUUUAUUUUGCCAUGUAUCCUAAAAGAGGCUGCUGUUAAGCAGGUCAACUGUUUUAUCCUGAGGGGAAUAAAUGUUGUUAUGUUA